AUGUCCACAUCUUCCUCGGGUAAGCUAGAUUCGUACCAACUACGUCCCUACUACGAUCAUGACACUUUUGACGCAGGCUACUCCGUCAUUUUCAAGAAAGGAGUAGGAUUAUGGGACCCGAAAUCAAAUAAGCCAAUGACGGCCAAUUUGUCAUCGCAUUCCAUAGAUAACGCGGUGAACCAAAACGCCAGUGCAUUGCUGAAACCCGGUCUAUUGCGAAGGGCAUUUGACCGGCAAGGCGGUGGAGUUGGCAUCAACGCAGCAGCAGCAGGUACAGGUGGUGGCGGUGGCGGAGACAAAAAUUUCAUUUACGAUCUAGAGUUCAACGAGUACUUUGACCCCAAUAAUUUAUUAGAAUUGAUCAAGAAUUUAAUGUGGAAUUUUGCAAAGAGUUAUAUCAAGGUCUUGAUUGCCCAGCCUUUGGAGAUUACGAGGUUGGUUUUGCAAGUUGGUAAGUUUAACAUCAGUAACAAUACUGCGGCCGCCGCGCAUAAAAAGAAGGAAGAAACGAAAACACUGAGGUUACUUGGUGAGAGUGAAUUUCCAACAUCUUCUGCGUCAAGGAUUGGCGAUAAUGACAUAUUGAGCAAAGGAGUCAACUUUGUCGAAGAUGACGAGCCCAUCGACUAUUUUCAACCGCAAAACGAUCUGCAAGUUUGGGCCAACCCUCAAAGCUCGUACGAGCCCAUAACUCCCGCAACCGCGGCCGUGACCGCGGGCGGGCAUGCUGAUGUGCGCCACAAGCCCGAGCACGAGUUUGUUGCUCCGCCUUUGAAAAGGUUGAGCACAAAGAAACGACUCAAGAUCUACAAAAUCCAGCCCAAGUCGCUCCACACGGUGGAUAUCAUGUCUGCCAUUUGCGGCAAGGACUCGUUUUUUGCCUUGUUCCGAGGCGUCAAUACCUCAUUCAUGUAUCAAACGCUAUCCAGCACCAUUGAAGCCUGGCUCACGGGGUUCAUUUCGCCCUUUUUGGGCAUACCAGACCCGUUCUUUCUCGACUUGACCCACUCCAAUGACCCUUUCAAGUCGCUUUGGUUAUCUGUUGGUGCAUGUGUCUUGACUGGGUUGGCAUUGAUGCCGCUAGAUCUAGUCAGAAUCAAGUUCAUGAUAACACAACCAAACAAUAUCGUGCCAUUGAAUCGCAGCGGUCUGAGUAGCAAUGCAAGCAGCGUGCAUGGCAAAGAAGACCUUAUUGAGCAAGCCGCGGAAGAAGUUUUGCAAAACACAAGAUCGAUUAGGGAAUCGAUCCGAUAUUUCCCUACAUAUUACUUGAGCAAUUUCCCCUUGCCGAUUGUGCUUUUAACCACGCUAUAUCAAUUAAGUUCAAGCGUGUUCCGCAAGAUGGCACCGUAUUUGCUCUUCAUCAAAUUCAACAUAGACUCAUACUCGUCGCCUGCCAUAUACACAAUCGUCAACCUCCUUUCGCUCAUUUGUGAAUUCUUUAUCAAGUUGCCCGUGGAAAACUUGUUGAGAAAGGAGCAAGUUUCAUUUUUGCUUCGGCAAAAGAAAGAAGACCCAAAGAAAGUUCUCACUAUUGUGAAGCCGGAAGAAAACAUGAUUGUGGUGUUUAACGGACUACCAUCGAGCCAAGAGGAGGAAGGAAUGACGUUUGUACAAAAGGUGAAGCUGUUGGGAUUAUUCAACGGUUGGAGAGUCGGGUUGUUGAAUGUGGUUGGGUUCUGGGGUUACAAUCUAGUGAAGCAUAGCGGACAUGAGAAAGAAGAGAGACUCUAG